AUGGAUGCACGUGCUAAACUGAGUGAAGCAAGCAAAUCAUCAAACCGAUCAACACAUGAUAUUAUUGCUGGUUGUGUUGGUUCUUUAUCUGGUCAAGCAAUUGCUUCAUUACCUGAUCUAAACAAUCUCAAGAGAACGGUUCGUCGUAUCCGGCAAAAGGCCCAGAAUUCGAUUCCAUUACCAUUAUCACUUGAAACAUUAUCUAUUCCAUCUAGUUUAACAACAACAACAUCGAACAAAACGUUUCUUCAAUAUGAUUCUGGAUUAAACAAUAAAAGAAUUUUAAUUUUUUCUACGAAAAAACAGCUAAAAAUCUUAAAGCGAUCAUCGAACAUAUUUGUUGAUGGUACAUUCUCUGUGGUACCCUGUUUAUUUUUUCAGCUGUACACCAUCCAUUGUGACUAUCUGGAUACAGUGUGUCCAGUAAUCUACGCUUUACUACCAGGAAAAACAAAAAAAUCCUAUGAUCAAGUGUUUAAUGCAAUUCAUGAUUUGAAACCAGAUUUAGAUCCUGCUAAUGUAUCAAUGGACUUUGAAGUGGCAGCUAUGUCAAGUAUACGAUCGGCUUUUCCACGAGCAAACAUUAAUGGAUGUUUUUUUCACCUGUGCCAAUCGGUGUACCGAGCUGUCGUUCGUCUUGGGCUGAAAGUUGAAUAUUCCAGCGACGAUAUUUUUGCUCAACAGAUUCGAGCCAUUCCUGCUUUGGCUUUUCUUAAGGUUACUGAAGUUAUUGAUACUUUUGAAAAAUUAAAAGAACAGUUUCCGGUGAAAGGAAAAUUGAUAUUAUCUUAUUUCGAAGAAAGUUACAUUGGCGAAAAAAAACGUGGAACUCAAUCAAGGAAAAAGCCCCAAUUCGACCUGCAGUCUUGGAAUGUUCAUGAACGUACUAUGAAUGGUUAUCACCGUACAAAUAAUAUCAUAGAAGGGUGGAAUAAUCGUUUCUCAUCACUUGUUGAUGGUGUACAUCCGAAUAUGUGGAAAUUUCUCGAAUCAUUAAAGAAGGAACAAUCUUACGUGGAAGCUCAACUGUAUCAAGCUGAAGCUGGUGUUAGAAGACCGAAAAAUUUGGUUGCAGAAAGACGUGAAAAAAGGAUUUUAAAUGUGUUGAACGCAUCUUCUAUGACAAAUCUAGAAAAGAUUUUAUCAUUGGCAAAUAACAUUUCACUUAAGUCUUCCCAACGUCGAGGUCUUCAGAAUUUAUCUGGACCUAUGGAUAUUUUACCACCCGUUCACAUUGAAUCUUAUAAACGAUACGAAGAUCUUCUAUUUACAUCCAUUCAAGAAGUAGCUGCUAACGAAGCACGUACGUACCGUAAAGGUAAGGAUGUUACUGUGUCUAUCGAUGGUACAUGGCUAACGCAAGGUUAUUCAUCUUUACAUGGAGUAGGAACUCUUGUUAGUGCGGUGGAUCUGCCAAAAGUUCUCGAUUAUGAAAUAAUGAACCGUCAUUGCUCAAGAUGUACUGAAUUAUUAGCUGUGAAGAAGUCUAAUAGUGAAAUGUAA